AUGUCAGUUGAAAUGGGCGCGAAUGAUACCGGGGACUUCUUCUGGAUUGAUCCAAAUCAAUCAUUUCUCACAACAGUGCCCAUCAAAUCCCAAGCACCAAAGGUCCCCAUAGUUUGUGACUUGGAUAAAGAGAUGACUGCUUUUGAAGAGAGUAUUGGUGUAACUGAAUCCCAUGUAAGUGGAGAGCAUUCAUCUCCUGGAAAUGAUUCAGGUUUCAGAGAUUCCAAAAAGACUUGUGCUGAUAAUAUCCAAGUUGGCAAUAAAACACAUUCUGAAAGGAAACUUCCUGAUGUUGAUAAUAAGAUGCCUGAUAUUGAUAAGAAGAUGCCUGAUGUUGAUAAGGAGAUGUCCGAUGUUGAUAAUAAGAUGCCUGAUAUUGAUAAGAAGAUGUCUGAUGUUGAUAAGAAGAUGCCUGAUGUUGAUAAGAAGAUUCCCGAUGGUGAUAAGAAGAUUCCCGAUGGUGAUAAGAAGAUUUCCGAUAGUGAUAAGAUGUCUGAUGUUGAUAAGGAAGAUCAGAUUGUUCAGCUUGGAAAAUUGAAAAAGACUGAUGUCCACAAGAUGAUUGCAGCCAAUUUAGAAAAAGAAGACAAGGAACUGGAGAAUCUCAAUAAAAAUCUGAUGGGUAUUAUUGGUAAUCUCAUGGCAAAAGUUCAAAGUGUGCCCACUGCAGCCAGUGAUGGUUCUUCCCUAGCUCUUGAUCCAAGAAAUAGCAGUCUAGCCUCUGAUAUAAGCAUAAACCCAUCAAUGGAUCCAAAAGAGUCAAUACCACAGUCAAUUGAUGUUCUUGAAUCGUCUGCAGUAGGCCCAUGUCCAACUGCAGGAUAUGAUGACUUGCAUCUUCUAGACCCUCAGGAUCGUCCACAUUACAAUGUUGAGACUGGCAUCCUGCAACCACAAUUCAAUGAGCAUGUGAUACCAAUUGGUGAUACUCCUUCUUUCCCUCAAUAUCCACAACAGUACUACAGCCAGUAUCCUGGGCAAUCCCAUGUUGCUUCUUCAGAUCAGCAAAGCUUUGUUCCACAUGGAAAUGUUCCAAUUUAUCCAUAUUCUGACCAUGGAUCUGCUGUAGUCAAUCUGUAUCCUGGACAAUACAUGUAUGAUGUCCAACCAUCAGGAUAUGAUGAUGAUCAUAGUCCCGGUCAGUACAGUGACAGUGAAGAGCCUAACAGUGCGCCUCAUGUAGGACCAUGCACACCAGAGCAACAACCCAGUGUUGAAGCUAGCAAGAAGCCAUUCAUGACUGAUGAAGAAAUACGUCUCCACAGAAAAGAAUACUUCAGAAAGAAAAGAGAAGAACAAUUAAUGAAAGCUUCUCUCUUGGGAAAUCCUGACCAUGCCCUUCAACCUUCUUCCACUGUCAGCAAGCAGCAUCAUACAGAUCCCAGACUCUCCAAACCAGAUCAUUCCCGAAAAGAUCAAAAACCUACUCCUUCAAAGUUGAAUCAACCAAAGGGAACAAAUAGCAGAUACCAAAAUGAACCAAGCCAAAAUACCAAGUUCAUGAUACCGAAACGUAAUGAAAAGGCUCAAGAAGGAAGACAAUUUGAAAUCAACCCUACCAAUCCAUUUGCCCCAAAUCCAAAGUUUUUCAUGAAGAAAAAGUCAAUUGCCCCAUCCUCUUCAGAAAGGAACAAACCAGACACUAACAAAUUGGACAAACAUUUCUAUAAUGAACUUAAAUCAAAAUUUGAAUUCAAGUCAAAAUCAAGACCUGUCUGUGAUAACAGCAUCAGUUCAACCACAGACAGCCCAACCAAAAAGAAGCAUCUUAGUUCAAAAUUUAAAGAGAUUAGAAAAGACAAGAAAUAUCCAAAGAAUCCACUGGAUAGUAGAAAGCAUGAGGCGAAGAGGAAGGAAGUGUCUUCAGCAACAUUGGCCAGAAGAAUUGCUAGCUCAGAUGAAGAGGAUCCUGUGGAAAACAGAAACAAAUCAGAUAACCAUAAGUUAUUGUCAGAUGGUGCAAAAUUAUCAUUAUCUAGUAAAUCAAGCUUUAGUCAUUUGAAGGACACCACAAAUGCUAUUGAGACUUAUCCAUUUGUCACGGAUGCUGUGUCAAGGAAAGCAAUGGCUUGCAAAUGCUUUGUGAAACUAGUAAACAUUUUUUGGAAUGAAAAGAAACCUAUCACUGUUGAUGAGAUGGAUGAAAAAUUACCAACAUUGGUCAGAAAGAAACUGCAUCUUUUAAGAAAGAAUGACAGUCUUAGAGCAAUUCAAGGGACAAAAAAUAAUCAUGAAGAAUCUUGUAGUGUCCCAGAGUCAAGUUGUCCCAAUUCAUCUUUGGAGAAAGAAAAUGAAAAAGUCAUUGAUAAUAAGCAGAACCAAGAACAUUUUGAGCAGAGGACUGCAGAUGUAGCAGAGGAAUUGCUAUCUCAUGAAGACAAAGGUGCAGCACAGGAACAUGGAAUGGAUAUGGCUGAUACCAUUGAGAAUCAACAGGGAAGGUCUGUAGGUGAUGAUUCUGAAGAUAAUGAACAGAUAUUAACAGAAGCCAAGGUAAAGCUGAAAACAUCACUUGAAGGUCAGCAAGAAAAAUCUGCCAAACAAAUGUCAAAUUCAACCUCUGAAGAGAAUCCUGAAGGGUGCAGAAUAUCUGAGAAUGACAAAAAAGGAGAUAUUGAUCACAACAGUGAUAUACAGAUAUCUGAAAACAAAAUUGAAGAAAAUGCAAAUCAAACACAAGUUGUUGAUGGAAACAUCACAAUCAAGAAGAAACCCAUGGAAGAUCUUGAGGAUGUGCCAGUAGAAAGCAACACAAUUGACACACCUCAAGAACAAAAAGGGAAGAUUCCUGAUGCCAUUGAAGAAACUCCACUCAAGAGAAAACUCAUUGAUCCAGAGGAUGAAGUUCUGGUACAAAGCAAAAAAAUUAAAGGAACAAUUUCAGAUGUCAGUGAUUCAUCAUCAAAGUCCAAAAUUGAAAGCAGAAAAACAAGAAAUGAGUCUCAAGAUGAGAGCAUCAAGGACAUGCAACAUGAGAAAAAGAGGAAACUGAAUGAUUCUCUUGAAAGUGCAAAGGAAAGAAAAACUUCAACUGAAUCAAAAAUUGAUUCAAGUACUGAGGCUAGAGAGAAAUCAACAAGAGAAGAUACAAUUGAUACUCCUAUUGAGAGUGAUGGAGAAUCAAUUGGAUGUGGAGCAGGAGACUUUUCCAUGGAUCAUGAUGACAGUAGUGACAAUGAAGAAAUAGUACCACAUUUAUCUCAUCAUGAUACUGAUUUGGAAAAGUCUGACAAAAUCGAAACUUUAAAUGAAACUGAAGAUUUGGAUGAAUUUUCAAAAUUGUUAGUAAAAUCAAGUGAGACUGAACCAGGGAAAUGUGAGGAUCAAAAGAAAGCUGAUGGUGAAAUACUAGAAAAAGAAAAAGACACUUUUCAAGAAUGCAGAAUAUCUGAGAAUGACGAAAAAGGGGAUAUUGAUCACAACAGUGAUAUACAGAUAUCAGAAAUCAAAAUUGAAGAAAAUGCAGAACAUCACAAAAAGAAUCCAAUAUCUUCUGAUAAAAGCUCUGAUUCAUCAACAUUGAAUGCAAAUGAAUUAGUGUGCUCAAAAAAUAGAAUUACAUAUCCUGAUGAAUUAUCUUGUAGAAAGUGCUCUGUUAAAUUGGUCGACAUUUUCUGGAAAGAGAAAAAAUCUAUGAUUCAUGAGGAACUUGAAGAGAUUUUGCCAACUUUAAUCAAUGAUAUGGUGAAAAGAUAUAAGAUUUCUAGAAAACAAAAAAAAUUAGAAAUGAAACAUGAAAGAUUGCUGGAAAAGAAAAGUGAUAAGAAGAAAAAGAAAGAGAGUGAUUCCAGAACUUUGAUAACCAAGGGUCAAAAGAAAUAUUUCAGAGAUGAAGGUGAAGAAGCUCAUUCAAAGAAAUCCAAAGGUCAGAAGAAGACUUUACAGGAGGAAUCUAUUGAAAACUUGAAGAAGAAAAGUGGGAUAUCUCGUGAAUUAGUUUCAAGUUCUAGUAGUGACAGUGAUGAUGAUUUCAAGAUCAAGAAGAGCAUGGAUAGUGAUAAAGUCUCAACAUCUAGAGAUGUGGAACAAAAUUCUGAUGAUGAUACAUUACUUAACACAUACAAAGACCAUUCUAAGAAUAAAGACAAGUCUCCUAGGGAGUACAACACCUUGUCGUUGGUGGAGAGGCUUGCGUCCUCCUGUGACCCAGAGAGCUAUGCCGGCGGUAGUGUAACUACCAGCAGGGCCACCCAAGCCGGACAGGUCGAAGGGUAG